GACACGGCUAACACCGGGAUUUUCCUGUUUUCCAGGAAGAUUUAUCCAUGCCUUUGAUCGAGGAGGAGAUCGAUGGGCUCUCGGGGCUCCUCUUCCCGUUCUACGACGCUGACACCCACAUGCUGUACCUGGCUGGGAAGGGUGACGGCAACAUCCGGUACUACGAGAUCGGCUCGGAAAAGCCCUACCUGAGUUAUCUCAUGGAAUUCCGCUCGCCGGCUCCGCAGAAAGGACUGGGUAAGGGUGGAGGUGCUGCUGCUCCGCUUCCCAGAGCACGGAAAAGGUGGAUGGGGAAGGUGCUGGAUUGAGUGGCACAGGGAAAA